ACGAAAAUUCGAAAGAACUUCAAGCAAGAGAAGGAGGCACUCUCCGGUGAGUGAGACCUCACUUCAAUUCCCAACUGAAACUCCACCACCACCAGCCGCCAUGGAAGGCACCGUAACAAGAAUAAUCGCUGACUUGGUAGAGACCCACUGCAACCAAAGCCCUACUCCACUUCUCUCUCGCUCAACUCUCGAAGAUCUCCAAUCCCUCUUAGAUACUAAUGAUCCUCAACUCCUCGACCAGUUCUUCUUCGAUCUCUCCUCUAAAUCCAUUUCUCCUUCAGCUCUCCUCCCUCCUCUCACCACCACCAUGGACUCUGGCCCUACCCAUCUCUCCCUCAUGUCCUCCAAUGCUUACCUCUCUCUCCUCCUCUCUCCUAAUUCUCCUGUUUUCACUCUCUUCACCCCUAUGUCUUUUCUCACUCUUCUCCGCUCCCUUCGUCGUUCCUUAAAGGCCCGCCCACCGCCUCCAAUUGGGGAAUGCCAUUCCUCCGCCUCUGCUUGCGGUGGGGCCCUGGUAAAGAAGAGAAAGGGGCGUGCGUCGAAGAAUAAUAGGAGGAAUGCGUGUGAUGAUAGUGAUGAAUAUGGUAAUUAUAGCAAUGGAGAAAGAGAAAGCGAGUUUUUUGAUGUCAGAAUGUUAUUUUCUGUUCUCGAAAAAUUGGUUUUAGUCUUGGAUUUGAUUCAUCUAAAUAGAUUUCCCGAUAGUCUGAAGUCUUUGGUUCAUACUGUGGUGGAAAUUCCGGUUUUGGCUAUUGAAAUCGGAGGUAAUGUGAUAAGUUUUAACCGAUUGACGGAUUUGUGUUCGAAGAUUUUGCGCCAAGUCUUAAAAUCUGACCAUGGAGAGGAAGGGGAGACGGCGGCAGAGGUUUUGAAGUCGUUAGCGCCUUUGAUUUUGGCUGUUAAGUCGCCGGCUAGGAGCUUUGCAUUGGAUUUUGUGAAGCAUUUACUGAGAGGUAUAGCCAAAAAGAACGAGGGAGUUAAAAGAGCUCUUGUAAAUUUGCCACGCUAUCUGGCACAAAAGGCACCGGAGAAGGCGGAGCCUAGAGUGCUGGCUGUGGAGGCGACAAUUGAAAUUGUUAGUGCAAUGGAGUUAAACGAUCAAAUUGGGUUUACGGAGUAUGUUGUGAAAAUGACACAGGGGAAAGCUAAUCUCAGGCUCUUGGGGGUGGAUUUGAUUUUGAAUUUAAUGAUGUUUUUAAAAGACCCGUUUGGUGUGUACUUGGAUUGUGAAGUGAAGGAUUUGUGGGGUGUUCAUUGCUUGGAGGCGUUAAUUCAGCGUUGCUCAGACUCAAGUGCUGGAAUUAGAGCUCGUGCAUUGUCAAAUUUGUCUCAGUUGGUGGGGUUCUUGUCAAGUGAUGAUAAGAAUUGUGCGGUAUUGAAGGAAGUAUUGGGUUUGGGAGAAGGGGGCACAAAAAAAGUGGAAGGUGGGAUAAAUGAUGUUUUGAGGAAAAGAUGUAUGGAUGAGAAGGCAAAUGUUAGGAGGGCAGCACUUGUUUUAGUUACCAAGUUGACUGCUCUUAUGGAUGCUAAUUUUGAUGGUGUUGUGCUCAAGAUUAUGGGAAUGGCUUGUUCAGAUCCGCUUGUGAGCAUUCGUAAAGCUGCAAUUUCAGCCCUUUCAGAGGCGCUAAGAACAUUUUCAGAUGAAAUUGUGACAAUUGAGUGGCUACAUUCUGUUCCACGGUUAAUAACUGAUAAUGAAUCCAGCAUUCAAGAAGAAUGUGAGAACUUGUUCCUGGAACUGGUUCUGGAUCGCAUCUCAAGAGCGGGAUCUGUCGAGGCAACAUACAGUGAUUCCACUUUCUCUCAUUCAAACAUUAAAGCAAAAGGUGUAGAAAGGGAAAUUGAGGCCUUAUUUCCUGAAGGUGUAUUGGUUUUUUUGAAAGAGAUCUGCAAUGGAGAGGUGAUACCUUGGGUGAGGAAAAUCUGCACAAACCUAGGUAAAAAGAAACGAUUAAAGCCCAAAUUAGCUACUGCACUACAGAAUAUCAUAAGGACUUCUGAGUCUCUUUGGUUGAGUCAUUCCAAACCAAUAGAAAAGUGGACAGCCCCGCCUGGUACUUGGUUUCUUCUAUCAGAGGUGUCAGCCUACCUUUCGAAAGCAGUUGGGUGGAAGUUUCUCCAUCAUCAUUGGCAGCUCCUUGACAAGUUUGGCCCAGCAUCUGGUUUCAACAGCUCAUCUGGUGCAGAAAAUAUGUAUGAACAUGAAGAGGGUUCUGAACCAAAUUCUGUUGCAUGGGCUGGGGAUCGGGUUUUCCUUCUGCAAACAAUCUCUAAUGUCUCAGUGGAGUUGCCACCUGAAUCUGCUGCAGACUUAGCUCAUAACUUACUUAAAAGAAUUGAAGAAUUCAACAUGCAUUCAACAGAGGUUAGCGCUCAUGUUAAGGCUCUCAAAACAUUGUGCAAAAGGAAGGCUUUGGAUCCUGAUGAGGCGGAUGCACUUGUCAUGAAAUGGGUACAGCAAGUUCUCUCUAAGGCUUCUAAAAUCUUAGAAAAGUACAUUUCAGGGGAUCUGGAAGCAAAUAACCGAAAUAGUUUCUUCACACCACCUAGAAGUGAAAGUACAAAGGGCAAGAGAGCAGCUGCUAUGUGUCAAUUGCUGUCAGAAGCAGUGACUGCAGCAUACACUAUUGGGUCUUUGGUUACUGUUUGUCCUUCAGCUGAUGUCAGCUCUAUUGUACCUAUACUACACACCAUCAUCACUUCAGGAAAUUCAGAUCCAAAAUUUAGUAAGUUACCAGGUUCUACAGUCAAUUUGAAAGAGAUAGCCCUCUCUCUGUACAUUCAGGCGUGGCUGACCAUGGGGAAGAUAUGCUUAGCAGAUGGGAAACUUGCGAAGAGAUAUAUUCCUUUGUUUGUGCAGGAGUUUGACAAGAGUGAUUGUGCAGCCCUUCGCAACAAUCUUAUAGUUACUAUGGCUGAUUUUUGUGUUCGCUAUACUGCUCUAGUUGAUUGUUAUAUAUCAAAGAUCACCAAGUGUCUCUGUGAUCCAUGUGAACUUGUGAGAAGGCAGACAUUUAUAUUGCUGUCAAGAUUGUUGCAGAGGGACUAUGUGAAGUGGAGAGGUGUUCUGUUCCUUCGAUUCCUUUUAUCUCUUGUUGAUGAGUCAGAAAAGAUAAGACAGCUUGCUGAUUUUCUCUUUGGUAAUAUUCUAAAAGUCAAAGCACCGCUUCUGGCUUAUAACAGUUUUGUGGAAGCCAUUUAUGUCCUCAACGACUGCAAUUCCCAUAAUGGACACAGUGGAUCAAAGAAUUCAAGGACAGAAAAUCGGAUUUUUUCCAUAAGGGGCAGCGAUGAAAAUUCACGGUCUAAACGAAUGCACAUUUAUGUUUCUUUGCUGAAACAAAUGGCCCCAGAGCAUCUCUUGGCAACAUUUGCAAAGUUGUGUGCUGAGAUUCUUGCAUCUGCAUCAGAUGGCAUGCUCAACAUAAAUGAUGUCGCAGGACAAUCAGUUCUGCAGGAUGCUUUCCAAAUUCUUGCCUGCAAAGAGAUCCGAAUUCCAUCUGGCCGCGGAUCACAGACUGAUGCAGGAGAGAUAGAGGAAGAAGGUGGAGAUGGUGGUGCCUCUGCAGCAGCUGCCAAAGGAAGGGCUAUUACUCAAGCAGUCAGGAAGGGUCUUAUCCAAAACACAAUCCCCAUCUUUAUAGAGCUUAAACGUUUGCUGGAAAGCAAGAACAGCCCCCUCAUAGGUUCCCUUAUGGAAUGUCUCCGGAUUCUUCUCAAGGACUACAAGAAUGAGAUUGAUGAAAUAUUGGUUGCUGAUAAGCAACUCCAGAAAGAGCUUAUUUAUGACAUGCAGAAGUAUGAAUCAACCAAGGCCAAAUUAACAGCUGCAGAGGCUGUUGCCACCAUACAAAACGCCAGUGGCUUUCUUUCUCCUGGUGCUCCAAAGACUGCAAGCAGAACAAAUGGACAGGAUAAAGUCACUGAAAAGUUGCAUAAUGAUUCAAGAGUUGCUUCAGCAAUGGCAGAUGCAGCUGCUGCAGCCAGAGCCCGGUCUGUGCUAAGAGAAGUGAACAAGGGAACACUGACACCACCACUUAGUUCUAUAAGUGUGCCAAAACUGAAGUCAAACCAAGGUGCAAGUGGUUCUCAAAGUGAUCGACCCAGCGAUGUAUUGGAAUCUUUGAGAAGGAGACAAUCUUUCAAUUCUGACGAUGAAAACUGAUGUCUUUUGAUAGCGAUUUUAGCACAUUCUUGACAAAAUUUUUGGCCUUAAACCUCCAAAAGAAAAGGUCUCCGUGGGAACAGAACUAAGUUGACAGUAUAAUUCCAGUUGUACAGUAUGCAAGCAAGUCUGCUAAUAAGCAACAAUACCUUUCUGGAGAUGCUUUCCUGCAACAAUAUUAUUAGCACAAUUUAUUCAUUUCCUUGUGUCUUUUUAAAAA